CUCUCUCUCUCUCUCUCUCUCUCUCUCUCUCCUUCCUUCCUUCUGCACGCGUACGCUCACACAAGCACACUCAUUCCUUUAUCAGGAAAAUUCGGCCACUACUACUACUACCUAAACUCAUGAUUUAAGGGAAAAUCCUAGUAAGAGAGAGAGAGAGAGAGAGAGAGAGAGUUGAUCUAAAAAAAAUGGUAUCCGAAAUGGACAAGUAUAUGUGGAUUUUGGUAGUGACUUCAACUCUCAUGUUGUCUGCCAUCAUAAUAAUUCUUCGUUACUGGAGCACAUCAUGGAAAGUAAUUAGCAGGUCAUUAUCAUCAUCAAGCCAUAUGAUGAUGAUGAAUAAAAUCACAAGAUCAAGCCCCCCACUUGUUCCUUUAGGCAAUCUUGGCUGGCCUUUUCUUGGAGAAACCAUAGAGUUCAUCUCUUGUGCUUACUCCGACCGUCCUGAGAGCUUCAUGGACAAGCGUCGCCGCCUGUAUGGGAAGGUGUUCAAGUCACAUUUAUUUGGGAGUCCCACAAUUGUUUCAACAGAUGCAGAAGUGAGUAAAUAUGUUUUGCAAAGUGAUGGGAAGGUUUUUGUGCCAUCAUACCCUAAAUCACUCACUGAGUUGAUGGGGAAGUCCUCUGUGUUGCUCAUCAAUGGAAGCUUGCAUAGGAGAGUUCAUGGACUCAUUGGAGCCUUCUUCAAAUCUCCCCAUUUGAAAUCCCAAAUCACACUAGACAUGCAAAACUAUGUCCAAGAAUCAAUGGGGAAGUGGAGAGAGGAUCAGCCUGUCUAUGUCCAAGAUGAAGCCAAAAAUAUUGCUUUUCAAGUACUAGUGAAGGCAUUGAUAAGUUUAGAGCCAAGUGAUGACAUGGAUUUUCUGAAGAAACAGUUUCAAGAAUUCAUCUCAGGCCUCAUGUCUUUACCAAUCAAUGUACCGGGAAGCAGACUCCACAAAUCAUUACAGGCAAAAAAGAAAAUGGUUGAGCUAGUGCAGAAAAUUAUCCAAGGCAAAAGGGGAAAUGGCAUCUCAUCAGAGUCGGAAAUUCCAAGAGACGUAGCGGAUGUUUUGCUUAAGGAUGAAAGCGAAAAGCUUACAGAUGAAUUAAUAUCCAAUAAUAUGAUAGAUUUGAUGAUACCGGGGGAGGAUUCAGUGCCAGUUCUCAUUACUCUUGUGGUCAAAUAUCUUUCGGAUUGCCCAUCUGCCCUCCAAGAAUUGACAGGGGAGAACUUGGAUGUGAAGAGACUCAAAGAUGAGCUCAGGGAGCCAAUGUCUUGGAUUGACUACUUAUCUCUACCCUUCACUCAAAAUGUGAUUACGGAGACUCUGCGAAUGGGAAAUGUAAUUGUUGGGGUGAUGAGAAAGGCCACGAAAGAUGUGGAGAUAAAGGGGUAUUUGAUUCCAAAGGGGUGGUGUGUUUUCACCAAUUUUAGAUCAGUUCAUUUCGAUGAAAAUCUCUACGACUCGCCUCACCAGUUCAAUCCGUGGAGGUGGCAUGACAAAGAAGUGAGCAACAGUAGCUUCACACCAUUUGGAGGGGGACAAAGGCUGUGUCCUGGGCUUGACUUGGCCAGGCUUGAAGCUUCCAUUUUCCUCCACCACUUCGUCACUCAAUUCAGAUGGGAUGCUGAUGCUGAUUCAAUAGUCAAUUUCCCCACUGUAAGACUGAAGAAGAGAAUGCCAGUUUGGGUCAAAAGGAGGGAACCCUGAGACCCGGGGGAAGUUCUUUGCAGCAUGCUGUACACAUUCGAGUUGUCCGUUCGGUAAUUCUACGGUCCAUAUUUUAUCUCGGCAAUGAACAGUUCAGAUGCUGAGAUGAUGAAUAUGAGAUUUGGAUUGUUGGAUUAUCGAACGAACGGCCCAGAUAUUCACAGUACCGUUUUGUAGCAGGGUGCGGCACAACACCAUCCUCGGUUCGAGAUGACAGUGAUUUUUCCUAGAAGGCAAACUUUUCAAUAGGACAAAAAGAAAAAAGGUACACACGUGUGGGACGGGCCAUUCAGAAGUUGACACAUUUGUCCCAUUUCGUAGGUCUUGCACACACGCAUGUGCAGGGACAAGAUAGGUGUAGGAAAAUGAUAUUGGCACUCCAAAAAUUGAUGUAGGUACUUUAAAAUCAGUGUAAUUUCAAAGCUAAUUUCUUUUAUUUUUUGGAGUGCCUCCAUCAAUUUUUAGAGUGUCAAUAUCAUUUUCCGUAGGUAUUAUUAUUAUGUUUUGGGACCUAGGAUUUUUCCCCCCUUGAGAUUUCACUGAUUCUUAUUCCAACUCAGAAUAUACCUGCUUCGGAAUGGCUUCUCUGC